ACUGUCAAGUGCACGUGUGGUUUGUUUACACUUUUUCUCUGACGCUAAUUUUGGGAAAAUCGUGAAAAAUGGACUUUGGAGAGCUGAAAAACGACAAGAUCUUCGUGCAGAAGAUGCUGAACUUGGACAAGGCGCUCGAGGAAGUCGACGCGGCGGUGGAAAAAGCAUUGAAUGUGAAAGAUGAAGGAAUGGCGCAGGAAGACAGCGUGAAAAUGGACAUUUUCCUCUCGUACGCCCUAAAUUCCUUGUACUUCAUCCACCUGAAGCUUCAGGGCACGGACGUGAGCGAGCACACCGUGAAGCACGAGCUGGCGCGCGUGCGUGAGGCGAUGGUGCGCCAGAAGCAGAUUCACGACAAGAAGACGCUGAUGCCGCGCGUGAACGUGGGCGUGGCGGGGAGAUUCGUGCGCGGCAGCCUGUGGGAUGCGAACGAUAAGAGGCCCGCCGGCGCGAGUGGCGUGAAACGCAAGGCGGCGGAUCAGUGA